GAACAAGAACCCAAUCAACCCGCCUCUCACAGAAGACGAUGUCCGCAUCGGGACUCCAAGUCAACUACGCACAUGCCAUCGGCUUCAACUCUGUUGCAGCAGCAGUCAUAUUCGCUACCCUUUACGUUCCCCUAUUCCAUUGGUUCAUACUGCAAUCGUUCAAACACCCGACCUACGUGCAUAUUGUACUUUCGCUUUUCUGUGCUAUUCGAAUCACGGCGUUCGUCAUUCGUUCGUUGCUAGCUAGCGCCUCAUCAGCAGGAGAAAAUCUGGGUCUAUUGAUUGGAGAUGAAAUCUUAUUUGGAGUUGGAUUCUUCGGUUUACUCUACUCUGCGUAUACCCUUGUACUUGAUCGUGAACUACUCAACGACAGCCCACCACCUAGAAACCCAAUCAUCGCCCUCACACGCAAUCGCAGGAUAUUCAGAUUAGCUUUGGUCCUCGCUGUCGCCCUUGGGAGCGCGGGUACAUCCAUGUCACAAAGCUCGAGCUCUAGCACUGCGCACACCGGAAAAACCCUCCAUGUGAUCAGCACGGUCAUGUUCCUGGUGCUCACGAUCCUGCAAGCCUUGCAGACUCUUCACUUGGCAAGAUCAGAACUUUCUGGAACGUCCCAGUACAGGAAAGACAACGAAUCAUUCGGGAUGAGGUAUGGAGUAUACAUUCUCCUCCUCGUCGCCGCACUUCUUCUGGUUCGAGAAGCCUUUUCGAUGGCGACCGUUAACGACUUAUUAAAGCAAACCAACGAACAUUUCUGGUAUCCUCUGCUUGCUGUUCCAGAAAUCAUUGCCGUGGCGCUCUACGCAACGCCCGGUCUUGUUCCUCCACGCUCAGAUCUGCCGAAAUAG